AUGAAGGCAUUAGAGGAAGGUAAAUCAGCUAUAGAUUCAGUCACUGACUCACUGCUACUAUCGUUGCCAUUGGAGGAUAAUAUUUGGACCAAUGCAGGCAGAGGUUCUAACCUAACAAUACAGGGAACAGUGGAGUGUUAUGCGGGACUCAUGGAUGAGAGGUCACUAGGAUUUGGUGCCGUAGGAGCCGUACCAGAUAUACAGAAUCCAGUGCUGGUAGCCCGGAAGUUAUUAAGCCAACAAGGCUGAAUUUUGCCAAGAAGGCAAUCUCUCUCUAGGGCGUAUUGCCCUGUGGUAAGAGCCCGGUUAGUUACCUACGACGAGUGUGGUAUUAUGAUGGUGGUGAAGAAUGUACAGUCACAUCUCUAUAUAAUGAUUACUGAAAGGGAAAG